UCUCUCUCUCUCGUCUCAGUCUCACCCUCUCAGUCUGCGUCAGGCGACGGCUCGGAGUGAACAUUGCUCGAAGGAGCAAUAGAUCGCAACUCGGUGCGCUAUUUUGCUUUUCCAUGAUCGUUGGGAUUUACCCCUAAAUCCAUUCAUUUUUGGGACAUUGCGUACUGUUACACUGCUAAAAUUCCAGCCAUGGCAACUCCAUACAAAGAGAUUGUUGGUCGGGCCAGAGGGGCGUUCAGAGAUGGCCGAACUUUGUCAGUGGAAUUCCGACGUCAGCAGCUUCAGCAGCUCAAGAAAAUGUAUGAAGAAAAUAGCCAUGUGUUUCUCAAAGCUCUACAAUCAGAUCUCAGGAAGCCCAAAUUGGAAGGCAUGAUGCUAGAGGUCCAUGGACUAAUAAGCGACAUAGAUUACACUCUGAACCGCUUGGACAAAUGGGUCAAGACACAGGAGGUGCCAUCGAAGAUACCCUUUGACCAAAGUUACAUCUAUAAUGAACCCUAUGGAGUUGUCCUCGUGAUGGGAGCGUGGAAUUACCCACUGCAGCUUACUAUGCUUCCCGUAGCUGGUGCAAUUGCUGCUGGCAACGCCGUUAUUAUCAAGCCUUCAGAGGUGUCACCUGCCACAGCGGCUGCUAUCGCAAGUCUCGUCCCCAAGUACAUAGACAAGGAUUGUUAUCCGGUUGUCUGCGGAGGAAUACCUGAAACAACAGAGCUCUUGAAGGAGCGUUUUGACUACAUAUUCUACACUGGAUCCACUGGAGUUGGAAAAAUCGUGCGCGAUGCUGCCAACAAGUACUUGACUCCAGUCACCCUUGAACUUGGUGGCAAAAGUCCCUGUUACAUUGAUCAAGAUGUUGACAUGGACAUGGCCGUCCGGAGAGUGCUGUGGGGCAAACUGAUCAACCUCGGGCAGACGUGCAUAGCCCCAGACUACAUCCUCUGUUCAAAGGCCACAGAGAAGAUUUUCGUAGAAAAAGCAAAGGAAGUCCUCCAGGAAUGGUAUGGCGAUGACCCUCAGGGGUCGGAAAACCUCUGUCGGAUCGUUGCUGAGCGACAUGUUGACCGUCUAGAGGAAUACUUGAAGUGCGGAGAAGCGGCCAUCGGAGGCAAGGUGGACAGGGCAGAUCGUUGGGUGGAGCCGACCGUUCUGGUCAAUGUGGAUAAAGAUAGCAAGAUACUGAAGGAAGAAAUCUUUGGACCAAUCUUACCCAUCGUCAACGUCGAUUCCCACGUGGAGGCAAUCAACUACAUCAACGACAGAGAGAAGCCACUAGCCAUGUACGUCUUCAGUAAAAACAAGAAGAAAACGGAAGUCUUCAUGAAACAAGUUCCUUGUGGUGGAGUUACGCUUAAUGAUACAAUAUUGCACGUUGCCCAUACUGAGCUUCCAUUCGGGGGCAUUGGGCAUAGUGGUAUGGGUGCCUACCAUGGCAAGUUCACCUUUGACACCUUCACUCACAAGAAAUCAUGUCUCUCCAGGAGUUACAACUCUUUCAUUGACAAAGCAAUGAGGGCACGUUUUCCCCCGUACACAGAGAAGAAUCUAAAACUACUGACAUCGCAGAAGGACGGCGGAGAUGGCCCUGGCUUCUUCCACUACUUGAAACUCUUUUUCUCUCACGCCAUCAGCAUGGGCCUUGGAGCGCUCAUUUUGUACCUGAUCAUUCACUACUCAGAUAGCAAAGGAUAUGUUGAUUCUGUAGUUGAAUAGAUAUGAAAAAGUUGUAUAAAUUUGUUGUUAGGAAGGAUGAUAUCAUUUGUUGUUGGGAACACGAAUAUUUUUUUUGCAUGUUAUGCUAUGUAGAAUAUAUUGGUGAAAAAUGGAUUUUUUUUUGUUGGCUAGAUUGAAGUGGGCUUAUGCAAGCGCGGAUUCCUUUUCGUGCAAGCAAACUGUAAAAAAGACUGUGUUGCCAAAUAUAAAAGGAGUAUGAAUAAAAAUUUAUAAUGUUUUAAGUAAUGUGAUUGCCUUGCAAUCACAUUAUGAUAUUUAAAAGAAAGGUUGAAGGAAUUUCCUGUUAGAGUAGCAAUAAGUUAGGAAACUUGUACAACUGUCUUAUCUUUCUAAAAUCCAUUAUGUAAUAUGAUACAAAUAUGGUCAUAUAGUGAGAACACUAAGAUUAUACUAUGUUGUUUCUGAAGGUGCUAUAAUUGUUAAUGACUUAGUCACUGCAGAUUUUUGUCAGUUAAGUUAUAUUAUGUAGUCAUAACUCAUAUCUUAUAAGCGCUUUGGGAAUAGUGCAUAUUUAGUUACCCUGAGUAAACCAUUUUGCGGAGUUCAAGUGAAAUCCUUUUAUAUUCUGUGAAUUUACUUUUACAGUUUGUCUGAUACUGAUGUGUGUAUCAGACCCUAUUUUCAGAAAAUAAUGAUACUGCUGGCACUCUGACAUUUUUUAAUGUGCACGUCUCAUAAGACUUCAAUGUCUUUAUAUUCCAAGCUUUUAAUGAUCGGAAAUGCGGCAUAAAAACUUGCAUUUUAGGGGCAUUGCCAGGAAUUGUGCAGUUUAUACAUUUUAAUGUUGAGUGAUUCAUAAAAAACAUGGUUUGAAUGCAAAAUGGUGCUUGUGGAGCAUUUUGUACCUUGUGUAUUUCGAAAGUAAUGCUAGGAUCUAAGUAUGUUGAGCGUUUAUUGUAACAAAUGGAUGUUGCUUAUGUCAUGGCACAAAAUAGGACCAUCGAUGAUUUUACUCUAGUUAUUUUGUAAAGCAAGUCUUAAAAACUGUGUUAUUUGAGUUUUUCAAAGAUUUACGUACGACUUUACAAAUAAUAUGUCUAUUUAGUGAUUAAAGGAAAGCCAGUGCCAUACGACAAGUUAAUGGUUUUCCUAAGUAGUAACAGGAGAAAGAAAAUAAUUCGAAUCAGGCUAAAUUUCUUGAUUCAUCUACUAAUUAUUAAUUUGACUGGCAUUGCGGCAGGUAACUCUUGCUAGAAAUAAGUUGAAGAGACAACUUGGAGAAUGAAAAUAGGACUGUUGAUAGGUGGUGAGAUGUACUGUAUAGUGUAGACUGCUUGGUAGCUUCUAAUGUGUUGAAACAUGCUGGCGCAUAAAGUAUUCCACCGCCAGUUCACUUGUGCCUUUCCAUGACAAAUUCUAUUCAAUAUUUUGCAUUUGAAAUGUAUUUUCAUACGUUUGUGCCAAAUAUGAAUGUUGUUCUGUAGAUAUGAAUACAUAUUUUAAAUAUGA